AUGACGACGGCGCUCGGGAAGUUGACGGUGCUUGAGACCCUGUACCUUCGCGAUAACCACCUGACCGGAAGCAUCCCGAAGGAGCUAGGUGCUCUAGGCAAGCUGAAGCUGCUUUGGCUCUCCAUCAACAACCUUACUGGACACAUUCCCAAGGAGUUAGGGGAUCUGAGCAGGCUGGAGAGGCUUCGGCUUGGCGGCAACCAGCUGGACGGCGGAAUCCCGGCGUCACUAGGACAGCUCGACAAGCUGCAGAAACUCUUUCUCAACCACAACAGGCUGAGCGGCCCAAUCCCAAAGGAUCUCGGCUACCUUCGGGCCCUCACGCACGUCGCUCUGUUCGACAACGAGCUCACCGGAAAACACGACUGUUAA